CGCUGUUGUCGGAUCGGACGGCUCACUGCGCUCGUCGCGACGAACGAGGCAAGGUGGUCGUCGGAAACCGGUCCCCUCCCCGAGAGCGCGCGCGAUCACCAGCGGAGGAACGAGCGAAGCAGUGCGACCGAGAGAGGCUCCUCUGCCAAACGCGGCAGCAGUGCGCGAAACACGUUGCCUCGGAGCGCGCAAACGGGCAGGUCUUGCUUCUCCGAGAGUGCGGCCCUCCCUGGUGGCCCGCUGGCCCAGCGCCGGUCCCCGAAGUAACGGAAAGAAAAGAACAAGAAGGAAGGAAGGAAUGUCCGCCGAGGCGGCCUCCGCUGCCAGCGCGGAAGUCGCGCGGCCGGGAUCAUGAUCAUGCCGGCGACGCCGAUUUCGUCCUCUGGUUCGGCGCGUGCGCCCUGUCAUCAACUGACACGCCGCCGCUGCUGGAAAUGGUAGCCGCUGAACAGGAAUACCGGUCACAACAGCGACGUGAUGGAAAUUCCAUGGACGACGCUAAUCAUCACCGGCGGCUGUCUGUGGAUCAGCGGAGCCUUGGUCUCGGCGAACACUGCCAAGUACUACACCUCAGUCACUCCCUGGAAACAAUGGACUAUUGGAAGGAGGCCAUGCGAAGGCGUGCAAGGCGAAACAGGACUUUGCAUGUUCAAUUGGGAAUGCAUACGCCAGGAAGGCACAAUGCUGUCCGCCUGCAUGGACGGCUUUCUGCUUGGUGCCUGUUGCAAGCUUCCUGACGAAGCAAACGUCACAACUUCUGCAUGGACUGAGGCGAGCACGUACACGACUGAGGACUUGUCCAAGGUCAAUAGCGUCGUCACAGUCGACGCUAGCACAUUGCCGUCUCCUUCUGACACACACCCCGAAGCAUCGCGACUUCCUCCCAGCACGACGACUACUGAAGCACCCACGACAGUCAGCGUGAGCCCAACGACAGUUUUGUCGAGACCCAGGCCGACGACGCUGUGGCCCGUCAUCAGGCUGCCCUCAACUGUGAAGCGGCCGGUCGUCGUGCGUCCAACGCAGCAACCGCAAGCGACGACUUUGACCAAUCACCACAAGCCACCGAGCAUCACUGCACCGGCCGUGACCACAUGGAUGACGACGCGGCCCAACGUACUGUUCACGCCAACUAAACUGGCCCUGCGCCCUUCGCCAUUCGUUCCUACAACAAUGUACGUACAGCGACCCUCACUGCAAGCUGUACUCGCAAGUACUCCCAUAGGGAUGCUCAGUUCUCUCAUAACGAGGCCUUUCUUGCGGCCAGUAACAAUGGCCAUGAAGAUGCGUCCUACGGUUGCCACAUUAAAGCCAGCCAAGAAAACUACCGUGGUGAGCACUCAGUCCGACGCAGCGACCACGCCAACGCAAGAGGAAACAUCUACGGCUGGCCAGACAACAGCUUCGCGACCUACGCCAACGAAAAAGUACGUAACAUUCUCCGAAACACCGUCGCAAACCACGACAGCACAAAAGUAUGUUUCUCCUAUCGCUGCCUCAUCGUCGACAACGCCGUCGCAAACGUACGCAGCUACCACUGAAUCCAUGUUCCAAACUGCUUCGACUAACGAAUACGAGCCACCUACUGCGAUCUUGCUGCAUUCUACUACCCCUCAGAAGUACGGGUACUCGUCAACUCACUAUUCGCCAUCUCAGUCCUCGUUUCACACAGUGCCAUCCACCCCAGGGCAAUCCCAUGCUGUCAGCCGACUUCCACCAUCAACACUGAACGACCUUUCGGAUCUCGACGCUGAAGUAAAGACUCCGGGAUAUCACACGACCCUUGGUAUGCUUUUGCCCACGGAAAGCGGAAACGCGCACACAACGCACCAUCCCGAGUUCGUUGAUCUCACAGAGACGACUACAACGCAACCGCCGCCGACGAACGUGAUGGAAUACACGUUAGACUUCGACGUCGAAGAUCGACCAACAGUGACAGAGCACGUAUACGGUACCACAACUGGCCAGACGUUCGGAGAGGUCACAGACGUCACCGUUUCUAACGUCGCCUCGGCAGUCGUCUCGGCUUCCACGGAACCCUUCUCUACGCCGCGUCCGUCCACGACUACGAAGAAGCUGAAAACGCGCUCUCCAACGAUGACUCCCCAAACAAAGGCUCGACCUUCGACGGCGGUCUCCAAACCCAGCCAGACCAAGCCACGCCCGCCACCGUCCCCGACGACUAUUUCCAACGACAUACAGCACAUGACCUAUCCUUCCAAAGCCACGCUUUGGCCAUCGACAGUCUUCAAAAUUCCGCUGAGGACAACACUCGCUGCAAGGCCGUCGACAAGCACGCUCUUUGCAGGCACAGUCACUCUGCCAAUGUCAACAACUCAUGCCCACCUCACGUUAACUACACCUCAAACGACGACCACGCUGCCGAAGCGCACAAAGAAGCCAACGACGACGACGACGGCAAUGAGAGAACCGAUACCCGUGAGAACGACAAUGGCGAUGACAGCGGCGACCAAGCCGAAAAGUACCCCGAAGCCCACGAAGCCCGUCCUCCCCAUGCCGGCUCGUCCUGCAAAGCCCACAAAGGCACCGCUGCCCACCAAAUCUCCGACAAAAAAGACUACCCAGAAGCCGCCGUCCAAGAUGCCGCCGCCCUCAAGCACAUUUACGCAUUCCUCAACAAUGAGCGUGGCGACGACGACGGAGCCCGUCGCGAACGGCACGGAUCUGCCGACGUCGACGAGCAGUAAGCAGUGGGAUUACCGGAAACACUGCGGAGUCAGGCCGCUACAUCCCCAGGGCCGGAUCGUCGGCGGAAGGAACUCGUUCAUCGGUGAAUGGCCGUGGCAAGUGCUCGUGAAGGAAGCUACGUGGCUGGGCCUGUUCAUAAAGAAUAAGUGCGGCGGCGUGUUGAUCAGCGACAAGUACGCUCUAACCGCAGCCCACUGCCAGCCGGGGUUCCUGUCUUCGCUGCUGGUGAUCCUGGGCGCGCAUGACCUGUCCGGGGACAUCGGCCGCUUCAAGCCGGUCUCCAUUCCCGUACGGCGCAUGAUCGUGCAUCGCCGAUACAACCCGGCCACCUUCGAGAACGACCUGGCCCUUCUAGAACUGGAGCGACCGGUCGUGUUCCAGCCGCACAUUGUGCCCAUCUGCCUGCCUGGAAGGAACGAGGACUUCACGGGAAGGACUUCUUUCGUCACAGGAUGGGGAAAGCUGUCGCACGGUGGGACGGUGCCGAACGUGCUGCAGUACGUGCAGGUGCCGAUACUGAGCAACGAGAAGUGCCAGAAGAUGUUCCAGCUGGCCGGACAUAUCAAGUCCAUCAGAGAGAACUUCGUCUGCGCUGGCUACGACGGAGGCAAUCGAGACUCCUGCGAGGGCGACUCGGGCGGUCCGCUGACACUGCUUCGGGACGACGGUCGCUGGGUGUUGGUGGGCACUGUGUCGCACGGGAUUCGUUGCGCCGAGCCCAACAUGCCGGGCGUCUACAUGCGCACCUCAGCGUACCGCGCCUGGAUCGACAGUGUCACCGGACAGAGGUCCUGACAGGCGCGGAUUCUUCAUCAGACCCUUCCGCCAUCUUAGCAGGAAGCGUCGCGUGAACGCCUCCUCCAUUCCUUCUGUGCUGCGGCAGGUCCACCGUGUCGACGCUUUCCGGUCGUUGGAUCUGUCGCAAUGAGGAAGUUCGCGAGGAUGGUGGUGGCUCUAGGCAAGACGAGCAGGACUUGCAACAAUCAUCCCGACAAUCAUCCCGUUCGAAGAACAUCCACAACCAUCUCGGAAACUCCAUCAUCGCGGCUGUUCAUAACAGGUGCCUUCUCUAUCGAUUCUGGGCAAAGCCUUCUUGACAACUUCAACUCGGAAGAACCUUUGCUGAAGGCGGGCAUGAGUGAAAUCAAUGGAAGCAGAAGACGUUAAGAGUUAAUCGCCGUGACUUAGCUAUGAAAAUAAGAAAGGUGGUCACUGAACAAUAAGGGUGGAGGCCCUUGUUUGAUUGACUGACUGCGUAUUUUUGCGCGUGUUGUGUGCGGCCUGCUUCACAUGCACUAAGGAGCUGCGGCGACAAGACUUCGUAAGAUAUGCCUUCCGUUCACCGGGGUUCUGAAAUUCAUGAUUUUAGCGGCAGCGGACGACCUGAAACUAGAUAAUGUCUCAUUUUUUUUAUUUAUUGGACUUAAGUAUUUAUUUUGACCGAGGACAAUCUGAUGUGGUAUUGAUGUCAACACAAUAAAGGCAUAAAA